AUGUCAAUUCCAAGAUGUCGCGAUGAUUUUCGUAAAUCUUUUGAUACUUUUCAGAGAGUAGGAUUUGUGACGAUUUCAACAUUUAAAAAGAUCAGAAGUGAGGGGGCGGAAAAAUAUACCGUAGAUGGAAAAUUAUGGAAUGUGGAGUAA